UAAGUUGAGCAGAACCCUGCAGAAGAAAGAGAAAAAUAAACGAGAAGAUUGCCACAAAGCAACGUCGUCGAAGAUAUAGCUUCAACGUUGAACAAGUUAGCAGACUCCUUUGAAAUCUCAUGGCGAUCCUCAUGUCAUGCGUUACUUCCAAAACGUUGGCGCCAUGCACUCCAGAGGUUUCUCGGCAACAACGGCACACAUGUAUUUCUGUAUCAGCUCACCGCCGGCAAAUCCGAAUCGGCUUAACCAUGAAGUCUUGGGGCACCAGCUGUACCGUUCCACCGAUGCGGAUAAGAGGAGCAACACGAAUUACUGCAGUUGGUUCCGGUCCUGGAGAACUGCCAGAAGAAAAAUCACCAAUACCCAACAAAGAGGCUGCAAUUAGUUCAGACCCUGGGGAAUUACCAGGAAAAUCCCCGCUGCCCAACAAAUCUUCAUUGGUAACGGUGGUCGUUGGUGGCGUCUUUGGAGCAGUAUCCUUUUACGGACAGAUGAGAGCAAUGGAAGAGAAUGUGGAGAAGACAGCAGAGGUAGCAAUCGAGACUAUCGAGAAAGCGGCGGAUGUGGUUGACAAACUUGCAGACGAAGUCAUAGCAUUUCCUGGUAAUGAAAACCUUAAGAAGGCAGCCUUCAGGAUCAAAGCCAUCGCGGAAGAGAUAGAGAAGGAUGCAGAGGAAGCCGAGGCCCUAAUCCACAAGGUUGAAGAGAUAGAAAAGGAGGUGGAUGCUGCAGUGGAUACUUUCAUGGGGAAGGGCAUGAAGAAGGGAUCGAGAUGAAUGGGAUAAGAAAUAAAAGUAACAGUUACUAAUAGUAGAAGUUAACAAAUAAAUAUAGGAUCAUCUUCUCAUCGGAUUGUAAGCCAGAUCGAUGCAUGCAGGCUUGCACACCCCGGUUUUGAGUCCAUUGUUUACCUGUGUCCACCUUCUAUGUUAGAAAAUACGGGGGACACAAGCAUAGUUUCUACCGUGGCUAUACCGAAACAUACAUGAAAAGUAGUCAUAUAUGUACGAAUAGAGCUUUCUUCUUUGUUGUUCAGAUCUCACAAUGAGAUUGAGUGUGUACAAUCUACCAUGCGUAUGAAAGUAGAAUUCCACAUGCCCUUCUUUCAGAGAGGGAAACUCUUUAGCGGGA